CACCGAGAUGGGAAUCACCUAUCUCAGAACGCCGCAACUCCCUGCACACCUCUGCUAAGUCAUUGGUACUGCCUGCCCAAGAUCCUAAGUUUCCUUCCGCGCGUCCAUCCGUUGGAACGACAAAAUAUUUGUUGCGAAUCGCCUUGGUGACUACCAUAACCCGCACCAAGUUACAUUCCGGAUCUCACGUCCUUGACCGACAUUUAUAUAUCAACGCCGAUCCUUCGCAACAUGUCGCAAAUACUCCGCCUGCCGGACGAGAUCCUCCUCAUCAUCCUCACGAACGUCAAAGAUAUUAAGGACACGCGCCUCGUCUGUAAAAAGUUCAGCGAAAUCGCAGCCGAGCUAUUGCUCAACACCGUCACCGUUCUACCCACCAACAAUUCACUCGAUAGACUCGCCAGUAUCUCGGCCCACCCUCUGAUUCGAAAAGGGAUCGCCAACAUACGCGUACAAACCUUCGGGUUCGCGCCCGAGGUUCUAGACCUAGGAAGGUUCAGAGCUUUAUGGCCCACGAAGACAGCCCACUGGACCGAUGCGGUCCACUCUGGAAUCCAGGACCGGCUGGGGCGCCCAAUCACUUCCCCAGCAGAGUUUACACGCAAAGUGGCAUUGUACAUGUCCCGACUUCCCCGUGCUAUAGAUCUCGACAUCAAGGACUAUGAGACAGGCGACACAGGCGAGGAGAAUUACCUCAAAUACCUGGUGUCAAAGUACCCCAAGCCACCAAAGGGUCAUCGGAGCGUUGAAGGCGCGACUCUCAGUUUGGCACAUAUGUACGGGAAAGUGGCCGGGAGAUGGCCAGCCAACGGAGAGGCCUCUUUCGCCCAGGCCGUCUGCGUAGACCUCCCCAUCUACGCCUAUCGACAAGGAAAGACGGUCCGGAGCUAUCGCCCAACCCUUGUGUCCCCCUUUACGCGGGAGGCACUCGGGCAGGCGCUGCCCGUCGGCGGGCAGCUAGUCGCCCAGUGGCAAGCGGCUAUCGGUGCUUCGGCGGUGGUAUUCGAGGAGAGGGCAGACCGCCCUCGCGCGCAGUGCCUGCAGGGAAUCCCAAUCCCGCAAAAUGCUGGCCUGGGAGAGUUCGGAAGAAUUCUCCGUGGCGGCUGAGGGUAUGGCCAGCUGAGAUGGGGUGGGGGAGAGAUAGUUAUCAAUUGACUCCAAUAAAGUCGGA